GCACACCACUGAGACCAAGAACAACGAGCAACCCACUUUCAAAACAACGACCAGACAUACUUUCGACUUCCCUGGGCCAGCCGCCCGAGAGUACGGCUGUGGCUGUGGCGGCGACGGCGGCUCAGCACCCGUCCGAGCAGGCUGAGUUCGGCGUCGAAUUCCUGGAUGCGGCGCCAAGGUUGUGGCAAUAUCUUCCAUGCCGACGAUCCGGUCUGUGUCUUUGACUUUGUCUCUGGUGUGUCCGUAUUCAAGCAUGGGGGUCUUGGCCUCCCGGAGUUGUGCUCGAUACUCGGGCUCCCGAACUAUCUCGAUUACUUGGUACCUCACCUACCUUGAUCCCCACGUGAACUUUUUGGACCAAUCUAUUUAUUCCAUUCGCUUACCAAGUUGUCUCAGUCUCAGCCGCCAUCGAUUGAAACCAGCGACAGAAAAAUCCAUGAUUCCCGACCAAAAGGGACGACGCCGAACUGAGUGCCCAUGGGCCCGGGCCGGGGAUGGUGGUCAAAGAGCGAAGCCGAAAUCAAGAGAUCGACUUUUGGCUCGUUCGCUAGUGCCAGCCACGCCAGCCCCCCAGGCCAGGAUUCAAGGAAACCCAUCGCUUUUGAUUCAGAUCAGUGCAGCUGCCCGAGCUCAGCGAGCUGACAGGCUUCCCCACCUUUUGCUGACCUAUUCUGGCCAACGAGAAGCGUGAGAAUGCAAAGCUCAGCCUGAUUACAGAUUACAGGUCCCGCACACAGCCUUUCCCUCCGCCGCAGCGCAUGUUUGACACGCGUCAUGGCGGAAUGGCGCAUAAACUUCGAUAUGCCGUUUCCUGCAGCCAAAACAACCGCCCGGGGUCGGCAGGAAGAAGCCUCUCCGCUCGCAUGAAGCUCCGGCGGCGAACGGCGGAAGGAGCUUCGCUCAUCAAAAAAGCUCUUCCAGAAUGCGGGGCA